UCAUUACUGUGAUAUUUGUACCAAAUAAUUAUUUGCAAUUUGUUGAAAUGAAGUAAUUAUAAAAUUAUCUGAUUUUAUCCAAUGAUUUGGUAUAACCUCACAACAUUAUGUACCUUUGUAAGCAAAACAUCUUACAGCAAGAUGGCUUUAUUGCUAAAGAUUAAAAAGCUAUUCACUAAAGAAGACUAUGAUUUCGAUUCGCCCGACAUAAACCUGAGAAACUUUCAUCCACAACUUUACAUUUACUUAGCAGCUAUGGGCAUUUUUACAAACAAUCGGGACUCGCUUCUAAGAUUCAUAUGGCCUUCUGUAUGUAUUUCAUUGUUAUUUAUAGCCAUAGUCUUCGAAGGAAUGUUUCUGGUUCAUGGCGUCAUUGUCAAAGACUAUGCUUUUGCAACGGAAUGCUCUUUUUAUUUCUUACUCAUAGGAAUGGUUUUCGCUGUGUAUGGCGGCGUAUUUUACAACAGGGACGAAGUUUUUCAACUAAUAGACGAUAUGAAUAAUGAUUUCGUUUUUAUUCGUACAAUGGAAUCAAAAUACAGGGAUCGCUUUCUGAAGGGUCAGUUGCUCAUACAUAAAUUAUGCUGCAUAUGGUACAUCUUCAUGACGACAAUUGUUUUUCUGUAUAUUUUAUUAAUGUUAUGCUCCCUGGUGAUGCAAAGUUUAUUUAAAGCCGACAUUGAUGUAAUCAGACCUCUACUGUUCCCCAUGUGGCUGCCUGCUGAUGAUCCGUACAGGACACCAAACUAUGAAUUAUUCCUCUUUUUCCAAAUAUGUUUAUUGGCUAUUGUGAAUCAAGUAUUUUCUGGGUAUAUUUAUAUGCUAUUUCACGUAUUGUUGCAUUACUACUGCAUCCUGGAUAUGAUUAUUAAGGAUUUUGAAGUAAUAUUUGAUGGCCUAGACGAAUCAGUAGUGUGCUUACUCUCGAAGGACCCAGUACGUAAACAAUUGCAGUCUACACUAAACGGUAGAAUGAAACGGAUAGUCAACUGGCAUCUUGCAGUUUUUAAGGGCGUGAAAACAGUAUCAUCCAUAUUUGGACCACCUCUAGUUUAUCAAGUGAUGGUCUCUGCGAUUUUUAUAUGUUUGAUGGCAUACCAAGUCGCUGAAAAUUUGAAGAAAGGACAGCUCGAUAUAAUUUUUGUAAUGUUGCUCACGGCCGCCAUUCUUCAGUUGUGGAUACCAUGUUAUGUCGGUACCUUACUACGUGACAAAGGCUAUGCAGUAGGCAAUGCGUGUUGGAACAGCGGUUGGCACGAGACGCGUCUCGGUACACUGAUCCGCGCCGACAUGGUGCUUGUGAUACAGCGCUCGCAGCAGCCACUUGCAAUAAAGUUUAUAGGGCUGCCACAAUUGCAAUUGGAAACAUUCUCCUCGAUCAUAAGUACUGCCUAUACCUACUUCAACAUGCUUAGGCAAUACAAUCCAGAUUCUUAAGUUCAAAAGUUACAAUCUACACUCAUUUAUUAAGGAACAAAUGUUAUUUUUAUUUUCAACACUUCACUUUAUUUUUUAAUCAUCAUCAUCAGCUGUUAAUUGUCCACUGCUGUGCAUAAGCCUUUCCCAUAUGAGUAGUUUUGACAGAAGUCGCUACGCUUGACAGGAAGAUUGGCAAAUGCAGUUAAGGUUAGGUGAUGUUUUAAGAGGGACUCUGCUUUCCAUUCCUUGACUAUUAAGUUCCUUUAGUUGCCUCUUACAACACCCAAAUUUUUUAUGAUUGUACUGCUGGGUUCAGAAUAUUGUUAUCUGCUGUGAACUCCCAAGAAACUCAACCAUUACUCUUUUUUUGAAAUUGUUAUCUAUAAGAUAAUUUUAAUUUUAUAGUUCUGGUAAUAAAAAAUUUUUAUAAUAAAACUUUCAUUUGUAUUUUUUCUUAUAUUUGAUGAGUUGGGUUGCUGCGAGAGUACAGAGGAACUUUUUUUCUACUAGUUGUCCUACGAUUACAUCUAGGUAAAGCAAUGUACCUCUAAUUGUAAUGUAAGCAUUCGGGACAUGUCAUAAACGUUGCUCCACUGAUAGAUAGAUAUGUGUAUAAUUUAUUUACAUUACUAACAGCGCAUAAAUAACAACAGUCAUUGAUAGACAUACACAGUAAAAAGAGAUAAAAGAACACGUAUACAAAAAAAAAGCAAAAUACAUAAAAGUAGUAACAAUUUU